CAAUGACUCCUCCCUCCCUCUCUCUCACACGCGCGCGCGCGCGCGGACACACCAAGGGAGUGGACUUGUUCAACAGAGAACAAUCUGCAGCCUAACAGGAGACAAUGGAAGGAGGAGUUCAUGAAGUGGAUUCGUCGGCUUUCAAGGAGUGCUUCUCUCUUGCAUGGAGGAAUCCUUAUGUUCUUCGACUGGCUUUCUCAGCAGGGAUCGGUGGCCUGCUCUUCGGAUAUGAUACUGGAGUAAUUUCUGGAGCAUUACUUUACAUUCGCGAUGAUUUUUCUUCAGUCGACAAGAAGACAUGGUUACAGGAGAGUAUUGUGAGCACAGCAGUUGCAGGGGCAAUCAUAGGAGCAGCAAUUGGAGGAUGGGCAAAUGAUCGCUUUGGAAGGAAAACAUCAAUCCUCGUCGCUGAUUUCCUCUUCCUUACAGGUGCUGUCAUCAUGGCCUCUGCUCCUAACCCCACGCUCCUCAUUGUAGGCCGUGUCUUUGUUGGCCUUGGUGUGGGAAUGGCCUCCAUGACAGCCCCACUCUACAUAUCCGAAGCCUCUCCAGCAAGAGUCCGGGGCGCACUUGUCAGCACCAAUGGCUUCCUCAUAACCGGAGGCCAGUUCUUAUCCUAUCUCAUCAACCUAGCCUUCACAAAGGCACCUGGAACAUGGAGAUGGAUGCUUGGAAUAGCUGGAGUUCCUGCUUUGCUACAGUUCGUAUUGAUGUUACUCCUACCUGAAUCACCCCGGUGGCUUUAUCGAAAGGGAAGAGAAGAAGAAGCUGAAACCAUAAUGAGAAAAAUUUAUCCUGCUCAUGAGGUUGAUGGAGAGAUCAGAGCACUCAAGGGAUCGGUUGAAGCUGAGAUUGAGGAAGAAGGAUCAUCUGAGAAGAUCAAUUUCAUGAAGCUGUUGAAAACCAAGACCGUGCGCAGAGGGCUGAUUGCUGGAGUCGGGCUUCAGGUCUUCCAGCAAUUUGUGGGCAUAAACACUGUGAUGUACUACAGUCCUACCAUUGUCCAGUUAGCUGGCUUCGCGUCGAACCAGACGGCGCUUGCGCUCUCUCUUGUGACAUCCGGUCUCAAUGCUAUGGGAUCGAUAGUUAGCAUCUACUUCAUUGACAGGACAGGGAGGAAGAAACUUCUGAUCAUCAGUUUAUGUGGUGUUGUUCUAUCGCUCGGAGUUCUAUCAGCAGUCUUCCAUGAGACCGCAUCACACUCACCAAGUGUUAGUCGACAGGAGACGGCCCAUUUUGCUCAAUAUACCUGCCCGGACUAUCGAUCAGCCUCGACUAGCUGGGAUUGCAUGAAAUGCUUGAAAGCAUCAUCUCCAGACUGUGCAUUCUGUGCUUCUGCUGCUGACAAGCUGUUUCCUGGAGCAUGCCUGAUAUCAAAUAAAACAGUGAAGGGUGUGUGUCAUGGUGAAGGCAGGAUGUGGUAUGAGAGAGGUUGUCCAAGCCGAUAUGGAUGGUUAGCAUUGAUUGGAUUGGCACUAUACAUCAUAUUCUUCUCUCCAGGGAUGGGAACCGUGCCAUGGAUUGUGAACUCUGAGAUAUAUCCUUUGAGAUUCAGGGGAGUUUGUGGGGGAAUUGCAGCCACUGCAAACUGGAUUUCAAACCUGAUUGUGGCGCAAUCAUUCCUAUCUCUGACUCAGGCAAUUGGGACUUCAUAUACCUUUAUGAUCUUUGGAUUCAUAUCAGUUGCUGCACUAUUCUUUGUGUUGAUCUUUGUACCAGAGACCAAGGGUCUGCCCAUCGAGGAGGUGGAGAAGAUGCUUGAGCAGAAGAAUCUUCGAUUCAAGUUUUGGACGAAGAGACCGGAUCAGAUGAAAAAGAAUUCAGAUGUAUGAGUGAGGAGUCUAGAUGAUUUUAUUGUUUUGUGAUUGUGUCCUUUCUAAGAAAUAUUGAUCUAAGAACUCGGUAAGGAACACAAGAAUUAAAUCGAUGCAUGGACUAUUGUAACUAAGGCCUUAAAUACAGUCAACUUCUCUGAUUGUUGAAA